ACACGGAAUAUUUAUCGGUGGGACCAGCCAACCGGAAGUUACAUGUAACGCUCAUGUGGGCCAAUGUUGACAACAAAUAUUAUACCUGAACUACAUAAACACUAAUAUCGGCUACUAAAAAAAUCAAAUUCCGAAUAGAAAAAUGUCCGACAACGAAGAUAACUUCGAUGAUGGAGAUUUUGAUUACGCUGAAGAGGAUGAGGGGUUAGAUGACCUCGAGAACGUUGAAGACGAGGAUCAGGAGAAUGUGCAGAUCCUCCCUGCAGGAGAGGGACAGCAGGCAAACCAGAAGAGGAUCACCACACCGUACAUGACCAAGUAUGAGAGGGCCAGAGUGCUGGGAACCAGAGCUCUGCAGAUAGCCAUGUGUGCUCCAGUGAUGGUAGAGCUGGAAGGAGAAACAGACCCCUUGCAGAUCGCUAUGAAAGAACUUAAAAGCAGAAAGAUCCCCAUCAUCAUCCGCAGGUAUCUUCCUGAUGGCAGCUAUGAAGACUGGGGCUGUGAUGAGCUCAUUGUAACCGAUUAGACCUCUUAUCCGGCGUCAGCGUCCAUCUGCUCUCUCCGUAUUUCACUAUUCUCUGUGUUGCAGUUUAACACAUAUUCUCACAGAUUGAAGCGGGUCAAGAUCAGAAGUAUUAAUUUAUUCUGUUUUAACAGCUGUAGUGCAAGGAAGCGCCACAAGAGGGACACAUGUCACUUAAACAUAUUUUUUCCUUUUUUAAUUCAUAAAAUACUCUCUUGUUGAAAUAUUCCAUUUGUUGUUUUUUUGAAAGAAAUUAUUUGUGUAAAGAAACCGUUUUAUUGUUCUGAAUAAACUCUUUUCUAUAA